AUGUCGAAGUUUAAAGAUAUCGCCAAAGGUGGAUGGCAUCCCGAGAAGGGAAAGGAUGGCAAAACCAGGAGCCUGAGAGGAGAGAGCAAAGGCAUAAAUACUGUGGCCGGAUGGAUGGGGAAAGGGAAGGAUCCAAACGAAGAAGCUCGAGAUCAUGUAUCUCGUCCCUUGUCCACCUUGAAGGACCCUUACGCCUUCGGUCCACCACCAAAGAAUGUCAACUACCAUGGAGGAGCGGCUCUCCCAAACCAGAUAACCCCCGAUACUCGAGGUCUAGGAGCACCAUUAUCCCGAGAAGAAAUCGAGGCAAAGCGACAGGCGGAAGAAGCGGAAGCACAAAGAGAAGCAGAGGAGGCUGCAAAGCCAAAAGGCCCUCCAGUUCCUUUCCGCGCAGAUACUACUGGUCUCUCUACCUCCCAUUUGCCGCCUCCUCCAGGUCGAAAGGAUGGAGCAGAUGGACGAUUACCUCUUGCACUCCCUGAGCCCGAACCUAGAAAGCCCACCAGCGGGCGUGCUCCUCUACCUCUUCCAUCUGGCAAGGCCCAACCUCCUGGUCUACCGCCACGGCUCCCACCGCGGCAAAACUCGAGUCCAAUGCCAUCCCCGCCAUUGGCUACAAGACCACCAAGGCCACAGCCAGAAUCUCACAAAGGAAUACUCAACCAGAACUCCUUGAACAAUCUGGGAAACGCAGGUAUAUCUGUAGCUGGACUAGGUAUUGGGGGGAAGGAAAAGGAAUCGCAGCAAACCUCCACAGAUUCGCGAAGUCCAGUGAUUCCAGCAGCGCGUGCGAGCAAUCCACAACUGGGCGAGUUGCAGUCCCGUUUCUCACGCCUUUCCCCCAAGCCCCAAGGCGCGGAUGCCCCAAGUCAAGGCACUACCUUUGCUCAAAAGCAAUCUGCUUUGAAGACGGCAAGUUCCUUCCGCAAUGAUCCUUCUUCAGUCUCCUUCAGUGAUGCCAAAGCAGCUGCUGGUACUGCAAAUAAUUUCCGCGAGAGACAUGGAGAACAAGUCAAGUCCGGUUGGCAGUCUGCCAAUAAGCUAAAUAGCAAGUAUGGAAUUGGAAUGGCGGCAAGUCCAAAUAAUGCGCAGGCUCCGGCCCCGCCCCAGGAACUCACAAAUUCUAAUGGUUCUUAUAAUACGAGCUUCUCUUCAGCAGCUGCGGUAAUUGCUAAGAAAAAGCCACCACCUCCACCACCCAAGAAAAAGCCGGCGUUAGCUAGCCCGGUUGUUGGACAUGAUCCAAGUUUACCGCCACCAAUUCCACUUGCAAGUAAGCCUAAACCAUCUUCGUAUGCUAAAACACGCGAGGCACCCGUUCCCCUCGAUCUCGACCUAGAUCUGGCGUCCCUAUGGUUUGCUCAGAGUCCACCUGUGUUUCCUCCGCGAACGAUAGACAGGUCCAAAUUCAUUUACGCUACUACGCGAGGUUAUGUGCAAAAAGGUGUUCGAGUUACGCACACAUUCUCUGCUGUGCUUCAAGAUAACGGUACGCUCGGACGAACAAAAGUACAAUUGACCUGGGACCAAAAUUACCCCGAGGGAGUCCAGUCCAAACAAAGAUAUUUCCCUCCUCCGCCGCCUUUGAGUCGUGCUGGAUAUGCAUACCCGCUAGCGAGUUGGUGCGAAUCUCAAAUGGGAAAACAAGUUGGAAAUGGAGAAUGCUGGACGCUAGCGAGUGACGGUCUGAAAGCUGUAGCAGCAACUUGCUCGGCAAGCGGUCAGGAACCGUGUAUGUCCUCACAAUCUUACAUCCAUGGCAUUGCGGUGUACACCCUGGUACCUGCGGUCACUCCAGAUCCAAAUCCUGGACGUAGCGUCCUCGAAGCUGGCGUUGGCCGAGGUGAUAUCGUUCAAAUAUUAUCAGCACACUUCAAAUCCAAAGAUGGGAGAAGACAGGCGUGGGCAGGUGAUCCUGAUCAUACUGCUGUGGUAACGAGUGUGGACCGGAAUGGGGUACUUAAAGUCGUUGAGCAGAAUGUUGGAGGCGUGAAAAGGGUUCAACCUGGAUCUUAUGACCUCUCUGAGAUGUUCAAAGGUGAGGUCAGGAUCUUCAGAGCUGUUGGUGAGAGCUGGCUUGGCCCUCUUGAUCCACAGUGGGAAUAA